CACAGAAAUGACGUCUGAAGAGGUACUGCACGUGAAGACCCCCAUCCGGGACAGCAUGUCCCUGUCCAAGGUGGCAGGCACCAGUGUCUACCUCAAGAUGGACAGUGCCCAGCCUUCUGGCUCCUUCAAGAUCCGAGGCAUUGGACACCUCUGCAAGACACGGGCGGAGCAAGGCUGUGCACACUUCGUCUGCUCCUCGGCGGGCAACGCUGGCAUGGCAGCCGCUUAUGCCGCCCGGAAGCUGGGCAUCCCCGCCACAAUCAUCGUGCCCAGCACGACCCCUGCCCUCACCAUUGAGAGGCUCAAGAAUGAGGGUGCCAUGGUCAAGGUUGUGGGUGAGAGCCUGGAUGAAGCCGUGGACCUGGCCAAGGCCCUGGUGAAGAGCAACUCAGGCUGGGUCUAUGUACCCCCCUUUGACGACCCCCUUAUCUGGCAAGGCCACACCUCCAUCGUCAAGGAGCUGAAGGAGCAGCUGAGUGACAAGCCGGGGGCCAUCGUGCUGUCCGUGGGCGGCGGGGGCCUGCUGUGUGGAGUGGUCCAGGGGCUGCAGGAGGUGGGCUGGGGCGAUGUGCCCAUCAUCACCAUGGAGACUGUUGGUGCCCACAGCUUCCACGCUGCCACCACCGCCGGCAAGCUGGUGUCCCUGCCGGAGAUUACCAGCGUCGCCAAGGCCCUGGGUGUGAAGACUGUGGCCACGCAGACCCUGAAGCUGUUUCGAGAACACCCCAUUUUCCCCGAGGUCAUCUCAGACCAGGAGGCUGUGGCUGCCAUAGAGAAGUUUGUGGAUGAUGAGAAGAUCCUGGUGGAGCCGGCCUGCGGGGCCGCCCUGGCUGCGGUCUACAGCCGUGUGGUUCAGAAGCUGCAGGGCGAGGGGAAGCUACGAGCCCCGCUGGCCUCCCUGGUGGUAAUCGUGUGCGGGGGCUCCAACAUCAGCUUGGCCCAGCUUCGGGCCCUCAAGGAACAGCUGGGCAUGAAGAAUGGGCUGCCCAAGUGA